AUGGAAGCUCAAGAAGUCAACAACGAAUUACUCAAACUCAUUCUCACGAAGCUGCAUCGUCUAGAAAAGCGCUUCAAUGAGAUUGACGGCCGUCUCGGCUCGUUUGAGAAUUCCAUCCCCCCCGCUGCUGGCAGCAUUCCCCCGAGUGGUCCGCAGGGCGGCCAACCUCCGAACGUAUGUUCCUGCCACAUUCCACAACAAGGCUUCCAGAAUCCCCAAGUAGACUGGGAACGAAGAGCCGGCUCCUCGAGCUGCAAGCCGUCCAUCGACAAUGUGCGCAACCGCUUCGAGUUCGACGACCACUCCGAGGUGACGCCCUAUGAGGCCGGAGCCUCCACACCCUGCAAUGGCAGAAAUAACAUGGUAGAAGAAGACGACUGCUAUUCCGUCUCCAUAUACCCAUAUUCGAUGCGCACCGUGACUUACACAUCGCGACGCGCAUCGUGCCCGACACGCCCGCUAUCUUUUGCGUCAGACCCGGCGUCUUGCGCAUCACGCCCGGUAUCCAGCUCUUCGCGCCCAGCGUCCGAAUUCAGCAUUCAGGCCACUGACAUGGGAGAGCCAUGCGAAAUCCCGGAGCUUCCUUCAUUACGGUACGAAGACAUACCAAACCCCGAGGAGAGCAUCGGAUGCCCCAGUGGACGCACCAGCAUAAGGUCGUCGUUCCGAACUUUUUCGACGCGCCGAAAGUCCGUUAGCACCGCGCGGACUUCUAUUGCGCUAUCAUCAUAUUCAGGGAGCCCUCCCAGCCUGGCCUCUUUCGGCAAGAUGAGAGGCUCCAUCAGGCAGCCGUCCUCUGCGGGCUUGUCGAGCCGCAAGACGUCCAUCAUUGACACAGACACCACUACUACCACCGGAAACACAACCGAUGAAGAAACCCCCGCCCCGGUCGUAGAGAGGAUCGAGUGCGCGAAGCCGGAAUCGCCGAACAUGGGGCGGUUCCUCCAGUCAUUCCACAAGGGUGCGAGAGCUUGUGUUUCCUAUAUUUUCGGACGGAAGGCAGCGACCCAGCAACUCAGAACGUUCUAA